AUGAGCGACGAAUUGGGAGAGUUAAAGAAUGUUUUGAUAGAGAAAUUGUUUGAGUGUUGUUCGUUGAGUAGUGAGUAUAAGAAGAGUGACAUUCUUGAGUUUUACGAAGAGUGUGCUGAUGACAAGAAUUAUAUAUCGGGAUUUAUCGAAGAAGUUGAUGCAAUUAAUAAGAAGAUAACAACCGAUAAAACACCAAAGAGAAACACACACUCAAAUAUCAAGCCAGACAACCUACUCCCUAACACUGAAACUACCCUUCAAUUCCCUCAAAAAUCUUUACAAUCUUAUUUAUCACCACAACAAGUGCCACUUCAAUCCCUAAUGUCAGAACAAGAAAUGUUGACACGAGAUAAACUAGUAGAACCACUAAAUAUAUAUUCCCCGCCAUCAGACUGCUUCCUUAAUCAAACACAACAAAAUGUUCAAAACACUCCAAGUGAGAUUCAUACAGUACAAAGUUCGAAAGAAGUUGUAAUUACUAAUUUAGAUUCGACCAUUGAAUACCUUCCAGAGAAGUUUGAAGAACUUUGCCAUACAAUAAACACGGAAUGUGGCUUGAGUAAUUACAAGAUACUAGCAAACAUUAAUUUACAUGUGGAUACCGAUCUAUCUACGAAUGACAAUAUUUAUAAACCUUUCUUCGAGAUCAAUUGGACUAAUCAUGUGGCGAUAUGUAUUGAGGCAUUGACUGUAGACAACAAACUCGAAGUUUUUGGAUGUUAUGUCCCAACUCCACCAAAGCCUCGAACGUGGACAAAAGACCCCAAUGUUCGACUCUUUAGCUCGUUUCGAGGGUUCAACUUCUUCGGACUGAAAGAGGGAAUUACUUCACCAAAUUCAAUUUUUGUGUGCGACAAGACUAACCAAGUCUCCCUUUUUGCGGUGGGUCUGAAUAUCACAAAUGACAUCAUCUUUGUAAAAAAUAAUGCAGGGAAACGAGAGCCUUUCGUGUUUUUGGAGCCAUCGGUGUUCGACUAUAAAAACGUGACUUUCUUCGAACCGAAAAAAGUCCACCCAAAGUGCCUUCUUGUU